AUGUCGCAGUCGGCAGUCGACGCGCGACGAGCGGCAUGGUUGCGCGGCGCCUGCUCUGUUUCGCCUAUAGCUGGGUCCUCCGCAUUCUCCGCGACCGCCUGUCGCGCGUCCGCCGUCCCAUCGUUUGUCCGUCCGAUGGCUGCCGCGUCUCGCCGCCGCUCCCGCCGUGCUUCGCGCGAGCCGUCGGAUCUAUCGACGGACGGCCCAGCGGCUCAGCGAAGGCUGGGAAAGGCAGCAGCGGCGGGCGCGGCGGGGCCUGCGGGGUCUCCCAGCAAGCGAGUGCGCGCGGAGGCGGCGGCGUCAGGGGCGGGCGGCGGGCAGAGCUGGGACGUGGUGGGCGUGGGUCAAGCCAUGGUUGACUUCGCGGCGAUGGUGGACGACGACUUUCUGCGCGCGCUGUCGCUCGCCAAGGGCGCGCGCACGCUCGUCGACCACGAGGAGCGCGGCCGCGUCUUGCGCGCUCUCGACGGCUGCAGCUACAAGCUCUCCGCAGGCGGCUCGCUCUCCAACACCCUCGUCGCGCUCGCGCGUCUCGGCGCCGUCCCCGCCUCCCCCGCUAGCAACAGCAGCGGCGGCACCAGCGGCACUGCCACCGGCGCAGCGGCGGAUCGCGGGCUGGCGCUGCGCGUGGCGAUGACGGGCAGCGUGGGCAGCGACCCGCUGGGGGAGUUUUACCGCACGAAGCUGCGGCGCGCGAACGUGCACUUCCUGUCGAAGCCCGUGGCGGAUGGCACGACGGGCACCGUGGUGGUGCUCACCACGCCCGACGCCCACCGCACCAUGCUCGCAUACCAGGGCAUGUCGUCCGUGGUGCGGCUGGACGCGGCGCUGCAGGCGGCGGUGAGCAGUGCGCGCGUGGUGGUGGUGGAGGGGUACCUGUGGGACCUGCCCUGCACCGUCGACGCCAUCGCCCAUGCCUGCCGCGCCGCCAAAUCCUCCGGCGCGCUCGUGGCGCUCACAGGCAGCGACGUCACUUGCAUUGUGCGCCACCGACCGCAGUUCUGGGAGGUGAUGUCGCAGUCAGCGGACGUCCUAUUUGCCAACGCCGAUGAAGCGCGUGCGCUGCUGGACUGCCCGCCCUCCACCUGCCCAGCAUGGGCCGCCCUGCAGCUGUCCCGCUACUGCCCCCUCGUGUCAGUCACCGAUGGCGCCAAGGGCGCUUACAUUGCCCACAGGGGCACAGGCGUCACUUUUGUCCCCUCCGCGCCAUGCCAUGCUGUGGACACGUGUGGUGCUGGGGAUGCUUACGCUGCGGGCUUGCUGUAUGGCCUACUCGCAUGUGGCUUGGAAGGGCUAUCGGAUAUGGGGCUACAGCAGGAGCUGCGGUUGCGCAACGGGAAAAAUAAGAAGGGCGGGAGAAGUGGCAUGGGAGUGAGCAUCAGCAGCAGUGAUCUCAUGAGUGGGAGCAGCCCCGUGUCCGCCAUGUCAAGUGAUGCCGCUUCCAUGCCCCUCAGCUCUUCCUUCCCUACCUCCAUCUCAACGACAUCCUUCUCCCCGUCAACCUCACUUUCAGCAUCGCACCCGUCGAUAGGUUCGUUGCUUGCGCCUGCUGAUGUGGCGGCCAUUGGAGCCUUUGCUGCCCGCGUGGCAGCUGUGGUGGUGGGGCAACAGGGGGCGCGGUUAAGCGAGGAUGCAGCAGCAGAGUUGGUGGGGUGGUGGACAAGGGAAGAGGCUCGAUCGGGGAGGAGUCGUGUGGUGGAGAACCGGCAGGACUUGGUGCUGGAGUGA